AUGACAUUUGAUUGUAACAGACCUUCCGACAUUUCUGCCUGCACUUUAACAUCCAUGGCGGACGCCAAGUUCCGGCGGGUGGCGCGCAUCAUGGUGUGCGGGCGCAUCGCGCUGGCCAAGGAGGUCUUUGGAGACACGCUCAACGAGAGCCGCGACCCCGACCGCCCUCCCGAGAAGUACACGUCCCGCUUCUACCUCAAGUUCACUUACUUGGAGCAGGCGUUCGAUCGCCUGUCCGAGGCCGGCUUCCACAUGGUGGCGUGCAACUCCUCGGGCACCGCCGCCUUCGUCAACCAGUACCGCGACGACAAGAUCUGGAGCAGCUACACCGAGUACAUCUUCUUCCGGCCAUCUCAGAAAAUGGUGUCACCCAAACAAGAACAUGAAGACAGAAAACAUGACAAAGUCACAGAUAAAGGAAGUGAAAGUGGGACUUCCUGUAAUGAGCUCUCCACCUCCAGUUGUGACAGCCACUCAGAGGCGAGCACCCCCCAGGACAACCCAGCCAACGCCCAGCAGGCCACAGCUCACCAGCCUAACACCUUAACCUUGGAUCGCCCUUCCAAAAAAGCGCCUGUGCAAUGGAUGCCCCCACCAGACAAACGCAGAAACAGUGAACUCUUUCAGACACUCAUCAGCAAGUCCCGGGAAACCAAUCUUUCCAAAAAGAAAGUCUGUGAGAAGCUCAGCGUAGAAGAAGAAAUGAAAAAGUGUAUUCAGGAUUUUAAAAAAAUCCACAUUCCAGAUUAUUUUCCAGAGCGGAAACGCCAGUGGCAAUCCGAACUGUUACAGAAGUAUGGGUUGUAGUGAUGAUCACAUUCCUACAGUGUUGCAAUGACAUUCAAUGUUUACUCCAGUGUCACUACCUGACUGUGUCUUAACAAUUGUCAGUGUGAUUCUUGCUGCUCUUCCGUUUCGUGAGCUGUUAAUGUGGGACAGUAUUUCCUUUCAUUCCUUUCUGUUGUUGUUGUUUUUAGAAAUAUUUAUAAAAAGAAAAGAAGAACACCAGUAAAUGUUGAAUCAAAGUGGUGUGUCUGAUUCGAACCAUUUUUCAAGGAUGAAAGUACAAUGUGCAUGAUCAAGAAGCUUAGAAUCUUGAUUUUUGAACUGUGGUCAACUGGAUAUGUUUGUUGUUUUAUAACUCACUGAAAAGAAAUCAUCAUAUCACUCCAA